CGACCGGUAGUGUAUCACGUCCACGGCGGCGGCCAGGUAGCCGGGGAUCGAUUUUUUCGAUCUCGAGUUCUUCAUGUCGCACUUCACACCCUCCAACAACAUCGUCUUCGCAUCCCCGGAAUACCGCUUAGCCCCAGAGUAUCCUGCGCCAGCGGGCGCUUACGAUUUUUAUGCCAGGCUCGUGUACCUCGUUUCUUACGCAAAGGAGUUGGACAUCGAUUCUAGCAAGAUCGUGCUGUAUGGAAUAAGCGGUGGAGCGGUAUCGGCUGCUAGUGCAGCGUUGUUGAGUAGGAAGAUGGGGGCCCGAAGUGUGCGGCGUUGGUGCUGGAUAUUCCCAUGCUCGACGACUGGUACACGCUUUACUCCAGUCCCAAUCAGUUUUGGGAUGGCACGACGUGGCCUGGGUGGAUGGACCAGAAGGCCUGGGACGCUGUUCUGGGUGAUGGUGAUAGGAACGAUCCUGAUGGUGUGAAAGUUGCUGGGCGAGCGGACAGUUUGGCAGAUCUACCAUUGACGUUUAUUGAUGUUGGGGAGUGUGAGAGUAUGAGGGACCAGGCGGUGGCUUUUGCGAGUAAAAUUUGGUGAGAUGGUGGGAGUGCGGAACUGCAUGUUUGGCCGGGCGUGUAUCAUGGGGGUGUAAUGUCUGAGCCGGGUAUGCCGGGUGGGGAGGAAAUGGUUAGGGUGCAGAGGAGCUUUUUUGGGAGAGUGCUAAGACUGGGUGUGGAUGAUGAGAAAGGCGAAGAGAAAACGAAGGUUGUGCUUUGACGAAGAGUAGCACUGUUUGGAGUAACGUUCGGCGGACUCUUGUGGUACAGGGC